UUAAACGAAUAAUUAUUAGGUACUACUUGGCGCACAGUGCCGCUCAUCUUCUCAAUUGUCAAUAUGUCACGAACAGGAACGAAACUUGAUGCAAAAAAAGUGAACUCUGAAUUGUUUACUUUAACUUAUGGUGCACUUGUGGCCCAAUUGCUUAAAGACUAUGAGAAUGUAGAAGAUGUUAACAAGCAGUUGGAAAGAAUGGGAUACAACAUGGGAAUUCGACUGAUAGAAGACUUUCUAGCACGAACAGGUUCCGGUCGAUGUUAUGAUUUCAGAGAUACUGCCGAGAAGAUACAGAGUGGCUUUAAGAUAUUUCUCGGCAUCACACCAACAAUCAUGAAUUGGAGUCCAGCUGGCGACGAAUUUUCUUUAUGCUUCGAGACAAAUCCUCUAACUGAAUUUGUAGAAUUACCAGACCAUUGUUUAAACUUGAAAUAUUGUAAUAUAUUGACCGGUGUACUCAGAGGUGCUUGCGAAAUGGUGCAAAUGGAAAUUGCCUGUUGGUUUGUGCAAGAUCAGCUUAAGAACGACAACGUUACUGAAUUGCGCGUAAAAUUUGUCAAAAGGCUAGAAGAUGCGAUACCAGCAGGCGAAGAUUAGGUGUAUAUAUUUAAUGUAUACUAAUAUCUAUAAUCUUUCGUAUACCCUCCUAUUUAAAUAAUAUUUCAUAUCUUACGUUAAGAUAUAUAAUAAUUAGCUGUAUAUCUUCACUACUUGCAUUCCGCAAAUUUUUUGUUUUAAAAUGUAUUAAGAAUGUCAUUUUUA